GUGAAUAGAGACAGACUGAGAACAGGCCAGAGUUUCACAAACACACUUUCAUGAAAUAAACUCAUGAAAUAUCAGCUGAACGCAUCGCUUAACAACAUACACUACAAUACACCGCACAACACCUCUGAAGCGCGGCAGACGGAAGAAAGUGCUCGGAGGAGAUGAGAUGCGCGCUUUACUCUUCUAAACUAGUUUAACUAGCUCUACACGCGAGAAGAAACGUGCUGUUUGCUGCAGGUCAUGGCGCAGGAGAGUGCAGUGCAGUAUGAGCCGGUGGCGGAGAUUGGUGGUGGUGCUUAUGGGACUGUGUACAAGGCACGAGAUAAAGACAGCGGGCAGUUUGUGGCUCUGAAGAGUGUGAGAGUGCAGACCAAUCAGGAUGGCCUUCCCCUGUCCACGGUGCGAGAGGUGGCGCUGCUCAAACGACUCGAGCAGUUCGACCAUCCCAACAUCGUUAGGCUGAUGGAUGUGUGCGCCACACUCAGAACAGACCAGGAAACUAAAGUGACUCUAGUGUUUGAACACGUGGAUCAGGACCUCAGGACGUAUCUGGAGAAAGUGCCGGCACCUGGACUGCCCAUCGAACGGAUCAGAGACUUGAUGCAGCAGUUGCUGUGUGGUCUGGCGUUCUUGCACUCAAAUCGAGUUCUCCAUCGUGAUCUGAAGCCGGAGAACAUUUUGGUGACCAGCAGAGGACAGGUUAAACUGGCUGACUUCGGUCUGGCACGGAUCUACAGCUGCCACAUGGCACUUACACCGGUGGUGGUGACGUUGUGGUAUCGCUCUCCUGAGGUGCUGCUCCAGACCACAUACGCCACACCGGUGGACAUCUGGAGCACCGGCUGUAUCUUCGCUGAGAUGUUUAAACGCAAACCUCUGUUCUGUGGAGAUUCAGAGGUGGACCAGCUGGGCAAGAUUUUUGCGGUGAUCGGCCUUCCGGCUGAAGAUGAGUGGCCCACUGAUGUCACUCUGUCCUGGCAGAACUUUAGCCCUCAAACCCCUCAGCCAAUCACAGACUGCGUUCCUGAGAUCAGUGAGAAGGGGGCGGAACUCUUAUUGGAAAUGCUGACAUUUGACCCGUUGAAACGAAUCUCUGCGCUGAAUGCUUUGGAGCAUCCAUUCUUUACAGAAUGACCACUUAAUUCCCAUCAUUCAUUGCAGUUCGAAGUCUCAAAUGCAGACUGGACCAUAAAGAGUGUUUUUCUACCGCAUAACUAAGGACUGAAUAUUCAACCAUACCCAACUGUGUGCCUAAACGUAUUUCUCUGUGAGUUUAUCAAGUUAUUUCAGUGUUGUACAGGAUGAGCGAGCAUGAUGAUAGACAUGAACUUUUAAGUGUCAUAUUUCUCUGCCUUUACAGUGUGUUGUGGGUCAUUGGAACAUUAUCAUUAGCAGGUGCUAUAAGGCUGCAUUACAUUCUGGUGGGAGAGCAGUGUUUGUGUGUGUGUGUGUGUGUGUGUGUGUGUGUGUGUGUGUGUAAGACUGUUAUCCUGUGUCCAGCAUCAGUGUGCUGGUUUUACUGCCGCUUUGUAUGUUUCCACCAGACAAAACAGAUAAACCAAAAUAAUGGCCCCUACAACUCACUGAUUAGGGAUCAGGAUUAUGUCCUCACUGUGUAAAGUCUGCUAAAGGUGGGCGUACACGGUGCGAUUUUUGAGGUCGUACGAGCUCGCAUGCGAUUUUUUUUUUUUGGUUAUCGGAGGAAAUCGUCUCUUCUCGUAUGGUCGGGGCUCGUAUGGUGUGUGAGAAAUUACGAGACGAGCAGAGUGCCUUACGAGCACUUCCCGACCUUACGAUCAUUUUUAAACAUGUCAAAAAACUUCGGGAGCUGUCGGAUUGAAAGCGUGACGUGUGUGCUGUUGAACGAGCCGAUUUGUUGAGCAAACUGGAAAUGACCAAUCAGAAAACCAUAUAGCAAAAGUCCUGAAGGCAGUUUUAUGAUUCUGCAUUACUGUUCUUCCACAACAAUACAACAUGUAAGUUGCAGUAUGUAUACAAUAAUACCUAAACUAUUCAGCAUUUUAACAUGUAACAACGUCACAAAUUGCAGAAACUUGCAUGACACGCAAUGAUUGUGUAAUUUACAAUAUCUUCCACGACGACGAUUAAGAAAAGAAAGUCCAUGUUGUUCUCUGCCCUUAAGCCAAACUCUAUGCCAUGCCCUUGGUUUUCUUUUCUUUUUUUGUUUUUUCGCAAGCCAUUGCUGCCACAAAGAAAAGGAUCUCUUCCUCAGAGUCCAUGUUUUUGGCGCGGAACUUCGUGAAUGUGAUUGCCUCGGAAAUCGGCAGGUUUUAAAAUCGUGACGUGUGCGUGGCCAUACGGUCUUCCGACUGUCCGAAUUCGCACCGUGUACGGCCGCCCUAAGACUGAUGCAAUACAAAAACCAUUAUAGUCGAUGAAGCAAUUCACAGCUUCCUUUUUUCUAUCAUUCUAUCAUCAUCAGUCUAACUGAAAUAAAAUGGUUUUGUUUAUAAAUAUGUGUGGAUUUUAAUUUUUUUAGUUAGUUUGAUCAUCAUACAUGAAAUAAUAACUGUUACAUGAGAUCUGGUGAUGAAAUAAAGCUGCUGACUUGAAUGGAAAAAGCUUGUAAUGUGAUGUUUGUUUGUGGGUAAGAUAUGUCAAGUGACGUCAUGUUUCUGCUGUCAUGUCAGUGGAAACGCUGGCCGAGCAGCAGCACCAGUGCAGUGGCACAGGGAUAAUGAGUCUUUUAUUGCUGGAGGAUGUCAGUCUCUGUGUGGACGCUGCUGUCAGCUGCUGGGUUUUAGAUCAUGGUUUUCAGAAGAGUUUUACACUGGUGGUUUUGCACCACCAAUGUGUAGCAUCCACCUGGAUGAUGCGACAGCAGCCAUAGUGUGCCAGAACACCCACCACACACCAGGUUAUUGAUGGAGAGGAGACAGAGUAAUGAAGCCAAUCAGUAUAUUAGGAGGCCAUGAUGGUCAGUUUUCCCAGUUUAGUUUUCCCAGGAGGUCUCACAUCCAGGUACUGAACAGUUUCAACCCUGCUUAGCUUCAGUGGGCGAC